AAGGUGGGAGUGGGGGCGCCGGAGCAGGAGAGCAGGCAGGCAACCAUCCAUUCUUCCCUUUCUCAUACGCUUUGCUUUCACGGGGACGCAGCUUAGGGUUGAAGUCUCACCACAGCACAAAAAGUUGGCCUCCUUUGCCGGGGGGGACCCCGACCUCUACCCCCCUCGUGAUAUAGAGAGAGAAAGCAGAGAGAGAAGGAAGAGAGAUGGGGGCCGGCAGCCAUGAGUCUCUUCCACUUCUCCUCCUCUCUCUUCCUCUGACACAGAGAGUGAGUGGUGAAUGGUAGCCCCUUCUCUUAUUUCUUCCUUCCUCUUUUUCUUUCCUCUUAUGACAGACGUAGUUCAAGACCCAAUCGUCGAGAAAGUUGGUGCUUCUCCACGCUGUCUUCUUCUUGUUUUCCCCGAGUUUGGAGCUCCAGGUUCACUGGAAUGUGAGUCGUUUUGAGCUGAGGUUAGUCAGCGACUGGAAGGAGUCGUUGAUUUUGGUUGGGCAAGGAACAUUGUGGAUUAAUGGCGACAAAAUCGGCUUCCAGAACGAAGAGAGCGUCUCCCGUUGCGUCCAAGCCCGGUGGCUCUCCUUCAUCUUCCAUUGCUUCCUUCUCUCCUUCGGUGGAUUCCGCACCACCGCCCCUCGCGGGACCGGCUCCGAGCUCGCCGGGUGCGCAGAGUUUUUACUCGGAAAGUGUGUUCAUGGACGGUGGGAGAUCUAAGGAGAACGUUACUGUCACCGUGCGGUUUCGGCCUCUCAGUCCUAGAGAAAUUCGCCAAGGGGAGGAAGUCGCGUGGUAUGCGGAUGGAGACACGAUCGUGAGAAACGAGCAUAAUCCGUCGGUUGCAUACGCAUAUGAUCGUGUUUUUGGUCCUACCACUACUACACGCCAUGUGUAUGAUGUUGCUGCACAGCAUAUUGUCGCUAGUGCUAUGGAGGGCAUCAAUGGUACAGUCUUCGCUUAUGGUGUGACAAGUAGUGGAAAGACCCACACAAUGCAUGGAGAUCAGAGGUCACCUGGAGUCAUACCAUUGGCUGUCAAGGAUGUAUUCAGUAUCAUCCAGGAGACUCCUAGCAGGGAAUUUCUUCUUCGUGUAUCAUACUUGGAGAUUUAUAAUGAGGUUGUCAAUGACUUGUUAAAUCCAGCUGGGCAGAACCUAAGAAUCAGGGAGGAUGUUCAGGGCACAUUUGUCGAAGGUCUAACAGAAGAAGUGGUAUUAUCCCCUGCCCAUGCACUAUCCCUUAUAGCUGCUGGUGAAGAGCAUAGACAUGUCGGGUCAAAUAACUUCAACUUACUCAGCAGCAGAAGCCAUACGAUAUUUACACUGACAAUAGAAAGCAGCCCUUGUGGUGACAGCAAUGAAGGUGAAGCAGUUACUUUGUCACAGCUGAACCUCAUCGAUCUGGCAGGUAGUGAGAGCUCAAGGGUUGAAACUACUGGAGUGAGACGGAAGGAGGGUUCCUACAUAAACAAAAGCUUGUUGACCCUUGGAACUGUUAUUGCAAAACUAACAGAUGGAAGAGCAAGCCAUAUACCAUAUAGAGAUUCAAAACUUACUCGGCUCCUCCAAUCCUCUCUUAGUGGCCAUGGCGUUGUAUCUCUUAUCUGCACCGUGACUCCUUCAUCAAGAAAUAUGGAGGAGACACACAAUACACUGAAGUUUGCACAUCGUGCAAAAUGUAUAGAGAUUCAAGCAUCACAGAAUAAGAUAAUUGAUGAGCAAUCACUUAUCAAGAAAUACCAAAAUGAGAUAAGAAGCCUGAAGGAGGAGUUGGAACAAUUGAAGAGGGGUAUUGUAAAUGUCCCCUCUUUGAAAGAUCCAGGGCAAGAAGAUAUCGUCCUUCUAAAGCAGAAGUUAGAAGAUGGUCAAUUCAAGCUUCAGUCCAGAUUGGAACAAGAGGAAGAAGCUAAAGCAGCCUUACUAGGAAGAAUUCAGCGACUAACAAAACUAAUUUUGGUCUCUACAAAAGCUGCCCAUUCUUCCAGGUUUCCUCAGCGACCUGGUCCAAGGCGGAGGCACUCAUUUGGAGAGGAAGAGCUUGCUUACCUUCCAUAUAAAAGGCGGGACUUUAUUAUAGAUGAAGAAGCAAUUGAUACUUCUGUGUCUCCAGAAGGAAGAAGCAAUAAUGUUGAAGAAAUUGUUAAAGAGGAGAAAAGGAAUAGGAAGCAUGGUCUGCUGAAUUGGUUUAAGACACGGAAACGGGAAAACAACUUGCCUGCAAGUCCUGAUGGUGAUAAAUCAAGUGAAACAAGAUCAACAGUUGCACCUUCAACUCCACAGUCAGAGGCUGUAAAUUUUCAGGCAGAACAUUAUACGUCCAAUCAUGCCAAUGCAACUGGUGAAGUUCCCUCAGCAGACCAAUUUUUGAAAGCCAUCCAUAAAUCAGAGGCCUCUACUGAAAACAUUUCACUAACCGAGCCACCUGUGCAGGCAGCUAUUAAAUUUGGUGACCAAAUUGAUCUGCUUAUGGAGCAAGUGAAGAUUUUGUCUGGAGAAGUUGCACUCAGUUCAAGUACUCUGAAGCGUUAUUCUGAAGAUGCCAUUGAUAAUCCAAAGAAGGAGCAGAUUGAAAUUGAGAUGAAAAAACUAAAUGAUGAAAUAUUGGAGAAGAAGCAACAAAUGGCUGCCCUUGAGAAAUCAAUGAUCGCUUCCAUACAGGCCAGCCAAAACAAUAUGGAUUCCUUGGAAUUGUCACAGUCUUUUGCAGAUCUUGCUGUACAACUUACAGAGAAGUCAUUUGAACUUGAGGUAAAAUCUGCUGAUAAUAGAGUAAUGCAAGAGCAAUUACAGGAAAAGGUUCGUGAGUGUGAAGAAUUGCAAGAAAAUAUUGCUUCUCUAAAGCAACAGCUUUCUGAUGCAUUGACUGCCAUCGAUGCUAAUGCAAAGGCAGCUCAGGUCUCUAGUGUUGAAGCAAUAUGUCAAAGAGAUUUUAGUUUGGAUGAAUCUAAAAAAGGUUUCACAAGCGAAUCUUUUGUCCAAUCACAGGUCAUUGAUGAACUAAACCAGAGAAUACAAAAACUAACUGAAGAAAAAUGUCAACUUGAAACCCGAAAUCAGAAGCUAGCAGAGGAGAGCUCCUAUGCAAAGGAAUUAGCAUCUGCAGCUGCAGUAGAACUUAAGGCACUAUCCGAAGAAGUGACCAAGCUAAUGCGCAACAAUGAGAAGUUGACUACUGAAAUUGCAUCACUGAAAACUCCACCUCCUCGUAGAGUCAGUGGUGGAACAAUCAACUCAAAGAAACAUGGCCUUGUCAAGCAGCAGAACCAAGGGCCAUCCUUGGCCGAGGUCAAAAGGGAACUUGCUUCAAGUCGUGAAAGGGAACUUUCUUAUGAAGCUGCACUUGUUGAAAAGGAACAAAAGGAGGCACAGCUUCAGAAGAUGAUUGAGGAAUCAAAAGAAAGAGAAUCUUACCUUGAAAAUGAGCUUGCAAACAUGUGGGUUCUCGUAGCAAAGCUUAAAAAGUCUCGGGAAACUGAUGAAGACAAUGUUGAAGCACAAGAUACUUGGGAGAAAGAGAAAAUAGAGAACUGCAAAAUAUCAAGAAAAGUUCUUGUUUAAUUUAGGUAAUUUGCAUCCACUUGUUAGUCCUUCGGAUGCACCGAGUUAGGCUCCGCGUAAAGGGGAUACGGAUGCACCGAGUUAGGCUCUGCAUAAAGGGGAUACGGAGCGUCUGUGGUGGUGCUUUGUGCUCAGUUGUCUGCUAAGUUGCCCGUUCAAGUUGAAAUCAGUUAUUCUGCUUUGGUUUUUUCAGUUUUUCUUCAUUUGUCUAAAUACUUUGGGUCGCUGCCCACUCAUUAUUGUUUGUAUAUAAAUGGGUUUCUCUUUUCUUGAA